AUGUUGGAUAUAGAUGAUGAGCCACCAGCAGACUCAGUAGAAACUAUUAGAGAAUGGGCUGAUGAGCACUCUAUUGGGAAGUUGGAUAUAGAUGAUGAGCCACCGGCAGACUCAUUGGAUAUAGAUGAUGAGUCACCAGCAGACUCAGUAGAAACCAUUAGAGAAUGGGGUGAUGAGCACUCUAAUGGGAAGUUGGAUAUAGAUGAUGAGCCACCGGCAGACUCAGUAGAAGCUAUUAGAGAAUGGUCAGAUGAGCGCUCUAAUGGGAAGUUAGAUAUAGAUGAUGAGCCACCGGCAGACUCAGUAGAAACUAUUAGAGAUUGGCCUGAUGAGCGCUCUAAUGGGAAGUUGGAUAUAGAUGAUGAGCCACGAGCAGACUCAGUUGAAACUAUUGGAGAAUGGGCUGAUGAGCGCUCUAAUGGGAAGUUGGAUAUAGAUGAUGAGCCACCGUUGGAUAUAGGUGAUGAGUCACCAGCAGACUCAGUAGAAACCAUUAGAGAAUGGGCUGAUGAGCACUCUAAUGGGAAGUUGGAUAUAGAUGAUGAGCCACUGGCAGACUCAGUUGAAGCUAUUAGAGAAUGGGCUGAUGAGCGCUCUAAUGGGAAGUUAGAUAUAGAUGAUGAGCCACCGGCAGACUCAGUAGAAACUAUUAGAGAUUGGCCUGAUGAGCGCUCUAAUGGGAUGUUGGAUGUAGAUGAUGAGCCACCGGCAGACUCAGUAGGAACUAUUAGAGAAUGGGCUGAUGAGCGCUCUAAUGGGAUGUUGGAUAUAGAUGAUGAGCCACCGGCAGACUCAUUGGAUAAAGAUAAUGAGCCACCACAAGCCUCAGUAGAAACUAUUAGAGAAUGGGCUGAUGAGCGCUCUAAUGAGAGGUUGGAUAUAGAUGAUGAACCACCAGCAGACUCAGUAGAAACUAUUAGACAUUGGGCUGAUGAGCGCACUAAUGAGAAGUUGGAUAUAGAUAAUGAGCCACCGGCAGACUCAGUAGAAACAAUUAGAGAAUGGGCUGAAGAGCAAUCUAAUGAGAAGUUGGAUAUAGAUGAUGAUCCACCAGCAGACUCAGUAGAAACUAUUAGAGAAUGGGCCGAUGAGUGCUCUAAUGAGAAGUUGGAUACAGAUGAUCAGCCACCAGCAGACUCAGUAGAAACUAUUAGAGAAUGGGGUGAUGAGCGCUCUAAUCGGAAGUUGGAUAUAGAUGAUGAGCCACCAGCAGACUCAGUAGAAACUAUUAAAGAAAGGGCUGAUGAGUGCUCUAAUGAGAAGUUGGAUAUAGAUGAUGAGCCACCACCAGACUCAGUAGAAACUAUUAGAGAAUGGGCUGAUGAGCGCUCUAAUGGGAAGUUGGAUAUAGAUGAUGAGCCACCAGCAGACUCAGUUGAAAGUAUUGGAGAAUGGACUGAUGAGCGCUCUAAUGGGAAGUUGGAUAUACAUGAUGAGCCACCGGCAGACUGA